AAAUUUCCUUUUUAGACUCUCUGCAUGCGAGGCCAACCUCAGAGGUAAAGCAUUUGGCAAUCAACGUUUCAACUUCGGACCACUGCAUGGGAUGCUAAAGAAACUCCGACUGUCAGCACGUUAUUAGCGCAUCCCAUCUUACCUUGGGGAAAUGGCUCGGCCGUUGAAUCCAUAACAAAAGCCCGCCUCCAGGUUGCAGAUAACCCUGAUGUCCUCGACCAUACGCACAGACCGAGUCAAGCUCUUGAUUUUUAUCAAGAAAAGGAAAGAUAUGUCGGUGGAUGAGUUCGAAAAAUACUGGCUAAAGGAGCAUUCGAGGGUGUAUUCGUCAUUUGUGGAAGGAAAGAAAGAGCCCUUGGUGUACGAGCAGAUGCACAUCAACCACGAAGAGAAAGAAAAGAUGAAGGCGCUUGGUUGGCCUAUACUCGAUUAUGAUGGUGUAGUCGCGUUCGAGGCCAAAUCAUUCGAAUCAUUGGAAGGCUUGCUAGACGGUGACGAAUACGUCAAAACUGUGAUCCCUGACGAGCUGAAGUUCACCACCCGCGAAGCCGCUUUGGUCGUUAAGCUCAGGAUCGCCUCUAUUGUUCCUCACACCGAGAAGAAAGUUCCUCUUCCGGAAACAGAAUUAAAGAAGAAUCGAGCAAGGAUGAUGUACGCUUUCGACACGAAGGAAGGAAUGACUGAUGAGGAUAUGAGAAAAGCGUGGAUGGAAGGCCAUGUUGCUGCGAUGUGGAGUACACCGAUAGGCAAGCAGGUUAUCAAGUACGAACAGCUCUAUAUUGCAGAACCUAUCGUGGGUCUUCCCAACGCGGAAGGUGCUCCUCCACCAAAGUGGGCCGGGAUUGCGCUUAUGGAUGUUCCCUCGUUUGAGGCUGUCAAGGAACCAGAAACCGCGAGGAUUUUGUCUGGAGAUACAGCGAAGUGGCAGGAUCCCGCGUCGCAAGUGUGCCUUCCGUUGAAUAUCGCUACAAUCAUCGACAGGGAAAUGACGGAAAAUGUAUUAACUCAAUGA